AUGCAGCAAGCCCCCAACGUGAGGGCGCCAGCGGGCGCCAGCGGGAGCUACCGGUCCUCGGUCGAGGAGUGCCGCAGCACCUGCUACGACGACCCCGCCUGCUCCAUCUGGGAGCUCAGCACGUCAGAGGGCUGCUGGUUCGGCUUCUCCGACGCCUGCACCCGGGACGCGCCCGGCGCCACGACGAUGGUCGCUGGGGAGCGCGUGGCCCGGUCCUGCAAGGUCGGGUGGGCCAACGAGCAGCGCACGGACUACGUGCAGGUCUUCGGCAUCAUCGGCGCCGUGGCCGUCGUGUUCGCCUGCUGCGCCACCGCGGCGCUGCUUGUCUUCUUCGCGGGCGACGAGAGAGCGAGCAGCGGAGGGGGGCGCCCCCGGAAGAGCCGCGUCGAGGACAGCGAGACGGAGUGA